AUGCCUACACUUGAAACAAUUGUAGAGGAGAAAAGCGACGAAGGAAAUAGACUUCCUACUAAUGGAAUUGGAUUGGAAUACACGACUCCAAAUCUGGUGGAUGGAGAAAUUGAGGUAGUGAUUGAAUCCCAAGAUGUGCAAUCUGAAAUACAAUUCUGGGCAAAUGCGCUUAUCUUAUAUGCUGUUGGGGAUGAAUUAUCCAUGAAUGAUGUGAAGAAGUUUAUGGUAAGUGCGUGGUAUUUUGUUACUUUGCCAGAGUUGUAUUACAAUGAAGAGGGGUAUUUUCUGGUUCGGUUUAAAUCAAAGGACGAGAGGGAUGCAGUGCUUAUGCGAGGCCCUUAUACAAUUUUCAAGAAACCAGUGUUGCUACAUGAAUGGACCCCGAAUUUUACUUUGAAGGAGGAUGUACCCAGAGUUCUCCCAAUCUGGGUAAUAUUCCCACAGCUUCCACUGAAAUUCUGGGGGGAUAAAAGUAUAGGGAAGAUUGCGAGUGCUAUUGGCAAACCACUUAUGACGGAUGAAUGCACAGCUAGGAAAUUGAGAGUCUCCUAUGCUAGAGUUCUUAUUGAAGUAUAUGUAACAGUGGCUUUAAAGGAGAAAAUUGUUAUCAGAGAUGAAACUGAAGGUAAAUUGACACAGAGAGUGGAUUAUGAAUGGAAGCCUCUAUUCUGUGUUAAAUGCAAUAAAGUCGGACAUAUAUGUAGAGUAAAAUUGGAUUUGCCAGCAAAGAGAGUAACCAUAUGGAAACCAAAACAGACUACUUCCUUGGACAAAGAACCAGAGAUACCUAAAGAGGAUCCUCCUCAGGUAAUACUACAAGUAAGAACCAUUCCUACGACACCAACAGAGGAAUGGAAGACAGUUGGCAAUACUAGUCAAUUGAAAGGAAAGAAACCUGCUCAUACCCCCCAGAGACAACAAUUAGCUGUACAAAUGGUUUUGAUGCCCUCAAGGUUGGAGAAUGCUUUGAGAGGGGUGGAACCAGUGGGAAAAAUGAUACUUAGCUGGAAUACAAGAGGGCUCAAUAAAAAGGCCAAAAGCAGUGAGAUUGGAGCCCAUCUCAAGCAACUUCAGGUUAGCUGUAUUGCUCUCUUAAAGACUAGGGUUAAAGUCAAUAAUGCUGAACAUGUGAGGAAUAAUCUGGGAAGACACUGGAAGUACAUUAACAAUUAUAAGAACCAUGAAAAUGUUGUCUAUGCUCAUAACCAAAUCACCAAAAGAAAGAUUUUAUGGGAGGAUAUAGAGGAAUAUAGUAGGAGCAUAAAGGGGCCUUGGCUUAUCAUUGGAGAUUUUAACAAUGUCCUGAAAAUCAAUGAUAGAAUUGGAGGAAAGGAGGUACAGAGUAAUGAAUAUGUAGAUCUGGAAAGUAUGUUGCAAACUCUUGGUCUCACUGAACAUGAUACUAGAGGAAGCCCUUAUACUUGGUCUAAUAAGCACACAACAAGGGUGAUCUAUUCAAUAAUUUAUAGGGCUUUAUGUAACACAGACUGGUUCUUAAAAUACCCUGAUAGUGAUUUAGAGAUUCUUAAACCUCACAUUUCUGAUCAAAAUCCUCUAAGGCUUACACUGCAGAAGACUGGGAAUGUUCAUAAAAUCAGGCAUAGAUUUAAGUUCCUGAAUUGUACAGGGGCAGAUCCUGACUUUAUGGAAAUUGUGAGAAAUAAAUGGAAUACAAAUAUACAGGGGAGAGCUAUGUAUGUGGUCUGGCAAAAGUUACUGAGACUUCAAGGUCCUUUAGGAAAUCUCAACAAAAAGAUGUUCCAAAGAAGCCAAAACAUUCAGUAUAGCAGAGACAAGUUACAAUUAGCAAAGGAACAAUUGGAAAAGGAUCCAUUCAAUGCUGAUGUUAUGAAAAAUGUGAAGGACAGAACAGAUGAAAUGCUGUUAAAGAUUGAAACUAAGGAGAAAAUUCUAAUUCAAAAAGCCAAGAUAGACUGGAUUCAGCUGGGGGAUGGAAAUAACAAAUAUUUUUAUGCAAAUCUGAAAGAAAAGAACAAACAAACUACUCUGAAUAGAUUGGAGAGCAAUACUGGAAAUAAGCUGACAGAUUUCAAGGAAAUUGAAGAUGAGAUUAUCCAAUUCUAUGAAAACCUGGUUGGGACCAAUACAACCAACAUGAUUCAUGUGGACAUUGAAGCUAUAAGGAGAGGCCCUGUUCUGAGUAGUGAGAAAGCUAAUAAGCUAAUUGUCCCUGUCACUGAAAAUGAGAUUUGGCAAGCUUUAAAAGGUAUUGGAGACUGCAAAGCACCUGACAUAGAUGGGUUAAGAAAUGUUAUUGGUGAUAUUGUGGAUGAGAGCCAGUCUGCCUUUGUACCUGGUAGAAAUAUUCAAGACAAUAUGUUAAUUGCUCAUGUGCUUGUUAGAGGGUAUAAUAGAAAACAUCUAUCACCUAGAUGUACUAUUCAAAUGGAUGUGCAGAAGGCGUAUGACACUGUGGAAUGGGUCGCAUUAAAACACAUUAUGCAAGAGUUGAAAUUUCCAAAGGAUUUUUUAGACUGGAUCAUGCUUUGCCUCACUACUGUCAGCUAUAAGUACACAAUAAAUGGUCAGAUUAGUAAGAGACUUCAAGCUAAAAGAGGACUCAGACAGGGAGAUCCUAUCUCCCCUCUUUAUGACUUACUUUUAUUUGCUAGGGGUGAUUCUGUUUCUAUUCAGUUGCUAAUGCAGGUUUUUAGCAAAUUCUCCAAAGCCACGGGUCUAAAGGCAAAUCCCAAUAAAUGCAAGGUGUAUUUUGGUGGUACAAAUGAAGUGGAGAAAGAUACUAUUCUGAAUAUCACAGGGUAUGAGGAGGGUGUAUUGCCUUUCAAAUACCUAGGAGUGCCCCUAUCUAGUAGAAGACUUAGUAUCAAUCAAUGUCAACCACUUGUGGACAAGAUCACUGCUAGGAUUCAACACUGGACUGCCCACCUAUUGAGUGCUGCAGGUAGAAGUCAAUUGGUUAAAAGUGUGCUGGUUUCUGUGGCUACCUAUUGGAUGCAGGUUUUCCCCCUCCCAAAGAAGAUAAUCAACCAUGUGGAGAGCAUCUGCAGAAUGUACCUAUGGAGUGGAAAGAGUAGCAAUAGCAAGAAAGCUCCCAUAGCUUGGGAUAUAGUUUGUUAUCAAAAAAAUGCUGGAGGAUUGAAUAUAAACUUUUUGACUGAAUGGAAUCAAGCUAUUAUGCUGAAGCUUUUGUGA